UUUCUGGCAUACAGGAAGUUAUGCUAUGCUGAUUUUUUUUGCAUUGUGUAUAUUUGUACUUAGCCAUAUUGCUAUAUUUUUUUUGCUUUGCUUAUUUUGUUUUACACUCUGCUGAGCAAAGCUCUAUUUUUGUUGACAUUCCUCCACGACUCUGCUGUGAUCUUUUUCAACACACCCCAAAAAACCCUGUCAUGGGGUUUUCUUGGCAAGUUAAUUUAGAGGAGACUUGGCAUUGCCUUCUCCUGAGGCUGAGAAAGUGUGACUUGCUCAAGAUCACCCAGUGGGUUACCAUGGCCAAACUAGGAUUUGAACCCUGGUUUCCAGAGCCCUAGUCUAACACUCUUCCAGAAGGAGCUGGAAGAUUAUGUGUACUGCUCUGAGCUAAAGAAUCCCAUUUGGAACAAAGGUGGCAGAUAGAGUAAAGAAAUAAACAAAGAGGAAAUGGGUUAGAUUUCAAAAAGGCAUUUCCACUGUUUUUAGGGCACUAUGAGUUAAAGAUGAGAAGCAAGCCCUGUUGAAAUGGAACCCAUUUCAUCUGUCUUUAUGUCUUUACUUUGUCCACACUAUCACUUACCCAUUGCUUUAUUUCCCCUGCAGGCACUGCAAUGGCAUCAGAGGCCCGAUCCAGCUCCUCUCUUCAGUUGGGCAGAGAGGAAAAAGCUGCUAUGAAGCCACCUAUCCCCCUGCAAAGAAGCCAGCGCAUGGUCUCCUUUGGAGAGGUGGCCGUGUAUUUCAUCAAGGAAGAGUGGGAACUCCUGGGUCCAGGCCAAAAAGCUCUCUAUGAGGCAGUUAUGAUAGAAACAUUUGAGAAUGUGGCCUUUCUGGAUAACGAGCAGAAGAAUGUGAAUUACAGGGUGCCAGCAGUGGUGCCACAGAAAACAACCAAGCCCCAAAUGGGUGAGAAAAAAUGUGGAAAUGAAAGAGGAGCUAAAAAGCAAAAACGAAACCAGUCAAAGCACAGGAGGAAGGAAUCCUCUGUUUUUCAGAGAUCAGCAAUAGGUGAACCCCUUUCCACCAUGUCAGAUCCUGAAGAAAAAAGAAUAACAUGUGCUAUCUGUGGGAAAAGGUUCAAAUAUACAUCAUCCUUAAACGCACACAUGGCAGUUCAUACAGGGAAAAAACCAUAUGAAUGCAUGGAAUGUGGGAAGAGGUUCAACUGGCGUGCAAAUCUGCAUUCACAUACAAGAACCCACACAAGGAAGAAACCAUAUAAAUGCAUGGAUUGUGGAAAAGGUUUCUUUCAGGAUCGGUAUCUACGUUCACAUCAAAGAACCCACACAGGGGAGAAUCCACAUAAAUGCAUGGAGUGUGGAAAGUACUUUACUCACAGUGGAAGUCUGCAUUUACACCAAAGAACCCACACAGGGGAGAAACCAUAUAAAUGUAUGGAAUGUGGGAAAAGCUUCAGGCAGGGAGAACAUCUACGUUUACAUCAAAGAAGUCACACAGGAGAGAAGCCAUAUAAAUGCAUUGAAUGUGGAAAGAGCUUCAGUCGAAAUGAUCAUCUCUGUUCACAUCACAGAACCCACACAGGAGAGAAACCAUAUAAAUGCAUGGAAUGUGGAGACAGCUUCAGUCGAAAGGACCAUCUACGUAGACAUCAAAGAAUCCAUACAGGAGAGAGGCCGUAUCAAUGCAUGGAAUGUGGAAAGAGCUUCAGUGUCAAAGGAACUCUAGAUUUACAUCAAAGAACCCACACAGGAGAAAAACCAUACAGGUGCGUGGAAUGUGGAAAGAGCUUCAGUCAGAGUCCACAUCUACGUUUACAUCAGAAAACGCACAUGAGAAAAACUUUAUAAAUGCACAUAAAUUUUCAUUGCAAAUGGAAAUCUACAUUUAUAUCAAAGAACCCCCACAUAAAGGAGAAAUCAUAAAAAUGCAUCGGCAUCUACCUUCACAUCAAAGAAGUCACUCAGAGGAGAGAGAGAGGGAGACUGUAUAAAAGCAUGGAAUAUGGGAAGAACCUCUCUUCCGUCUAUGACUUUACUUUGCGUAAUGGAACCCACACAGAGCAAAAUGGCCCCCAUGAUGCCCAAGGAUACCAUGAUGUCUUUUGGAGAUAAAAGAAAUCAUUGAAAUGUUUCAACAAAGAUGAUGAAAUAAAAAUAAAGAAAGAAAUAAAGGACGCUGGAGGCAAUACACAGAAUAUUUAUACAAAAAAAGACCAGGGAGUGAAUGACAUUUGAAAUGAAGAGCCAUAUUUUAUUGGGAGCAUUUUAUUGGGAAUUGUUUUAACUCUAUUUUAGGGUGGGAGGGAGUUUUAGGAUGUUUUGCUAUGCUUUUACUUGAGGGUUGUUGGGUAGCAUUUUUAUUGAUCUCUUGUUUGUUGUUACCCACCUCAAUCCAAUACAGGAAGAGGCGGGAUACAAACAAAUAUAAAUCACCGGGAACAGAUGAUAUCCCAAUUGAACUGCUACAAUAAACAGAUGCAAACAGAGGUGCCUGUAUAGGACCUUGGUGCCUUUAGAGUUUAAAGGAAGAUUUGGACCUUCAAUCUUUAGUUUGAAUAUAACAGGUAAAUUAUAUAUCAGAACACAUGUACGGGGAUAAAUGUAAUCUAAUUAUGUAACCACAUGAAUAGUAUGAGCAAAUGUCAGAUGAGAGAUUGCAUUGUUUGUCCCUGUGUCCUAUGCCAAGCCAUAUCCUUGGUUAGGCCUUCCAAGGUCAUCUGGAAUAUGUAUAUUAGGGGUAUGAAAGUUUCACAACCUCUUUCUUUCUUUUAUUUUAUUUUAAAAACAUUCCAAACAUAAUGGCAUCCACAUACUUAAAAUAAUGGACAUUCUUGAAAAACAUUCAAGACAUAACUGCAUAUCACCUAUCUUGCAUUCGUCCAUUUUCCUUCUCCUUCCUUCCUUUCUCUCUUUCAAAUCUUCCUUACUACUUUCAUUCUUCUUUUACAUUGCCACUUCCUGAUAACAUUCCAACUAGUUUGUCUAGCAAUUGUAAGUCCUGCUUAGUUGUCAUUAAAAAAAAAUUCAUACCUGUCUCUAAACACUUCCCAAAAAGAUCCCUUUCGACUUUUGUUUCCUUGUGUGUGUAUUUUCCAGUCUAAAUCAGCUUCCGCUUUUUACCAAAAUAAGUAUUAUAAUAAUAAUAAAAUAAUAUAAUACAC